UAAAACUCAAAAAAAUUCAAUGGACUUUUCCAUUCUCACAAAACCCAAAUAUGUUCUUCUCCCAUUGAAAACCUAACAACAUAUCAAUAUUUUCGAUGUCUUCUUCAAAUUCUUCUUCACGAUGCACAUCAAUUAGAAACCCACAACGUAAUUAUCCAUUUGUCGAAGACUAUGACGAGUUUAUUGAAGUUUAUUGCUCAUGUGGAGAAUUAGUUCGAAGAAGAAUUUCAUGGACAGAUGAUAAUCCCGGUCGAAGGUUUUAUGGGUGUGCAAGAUACAGUAAAAAGCAGAUGAGGAAGUGCACAAAUUUUAGAUGGUAUGAUGUUGAUUUUCCAGAAAGGGCUAAGCAGGUUAUUAGAGAUUUUAUGAAAGAGGUAGAUAAGUUGAAUUCAGAAAAUGACCUUUUGAGAGAAAAAGAAGAUGAAUUUGGAAGCAGUAGACUGAGAAGGUUGGAGAUGGAAUUGGUUCAGUUGAAGAAUAUGCUACAGCAACAAAAAAAAAGCAGUGUCAAAAUUCCAUUUCUUGUACUGAUGUUUACAUUUAUUAUUUUAGUAGCCAUUUAUUAUGUAUGUCAAAUUUAGUUAGUAAUCAAUGGUUGUAAUUUGUGAGGUUAUUACAUCAAUUAUUUGCAUCAAUGGUAGUUGCUUGAAAGAUUAUUAUUAUUCA